AAGUGUUAUAAUGUUUUUAAAAUAUAUAGGGAAUGCGUUGCCAAACAAAAAUUGAAUUAAAUAGGACUAAUAUUUUUUUUAUUUUUUUGUCAACGUUUUUCCAUUCAUUUAGCCUAGUGGGCUAGUUUACAAGGCUUGUACGUUACAUUGAGAUCCAAUAAACAUGAAAUACAUAAGGAAGCCUAACAGCCAAAGGCCCAAGAUGAGGGUGGUUAAUGCUUUCUGUCCAUCCACGUGUCGGUUUAUGAAGAAGCACGAGACACGUGCUGAUACGUGUCUAUCAUGCGAGACGGUGAACACAACCGACGUAGUUCUUCGCCACCGGGAAUGUUCUGAAUCGAACCUCCAUCGUUUGCUUCUCAACAACGUAAGAUUCAUGGAUCUCUCCUCAUGUAAACGGCAAGACCUCUUGUCUUCGACUUUCGCUCCAGCCUUUGCUUUUUUUUGGAAAGCCUCAUCCACCGUAGAUGAUAACACAGAGGUAGAUCGAAAAGCCAACAAAAGAUUUUUCGCCAGACCAUCUUCUAUAGAAGAUGCUGACUCUACUAAAUCUUUGCUUAAGCCAAUCGAUAUCAACCCAAAUCCACAGCUUCCUCCUCUAUGCAAAGAUACUUUACUUUAAGCUAAUCAGCCUCACAAAGAGAGUAAAGAUUGACUCUCGCAACAAAGGAUUAAGUGCAUAUCCCUGGAGAAACAUAGCAUCCAACACAAGCAAACAGGAUGUAACAAUUUAUUGCGAAAGAGAAGAUUGAAGAAAACACAUAUCGCCAACGCAAAUUUAUUAAAGUUCAACCACAAAACUGAUAAAAGAAGAGAAGAUGAAGAACGGAUCAGUUUAGGGUUGAAAUCACCAUAAAAUCGCCUACGGGAAAUUUAGAUCCGCUGACGGAAAACAAAAAAAUCGAUCCUUGAAUCGAAUAUAUUACAACAAAACAUAGGAGCUAAUCUCAAAACCUUCCCUCUGAAUGAUCUUGCAUUGGUAAGAGGGAGAGGUCGAGAGAGAAAUCUCUCUCUAGGAACAAGAGAGAGAAAGCUCCUUUAAAUAGGACUAAUAUAGUUAUCAAUUUAUUAUGUAUUCACUUAAACAUUAGUUUAUAUUCGAAUUAAAAAAAUGUUUUUAAUAUAUAAAAAUAGUCCCUUGUUAGUUUCGGGCAGAUGUCUUGCGAGAGUCUCCUAAACUGACUGGCUCGGAAAGAGGUGUGGGAGUCUGGAUCCAGGUUCGGAGAUCUCUUUCAGCAUACGAUAAGCUCAGUUUAGGGCUUUCGAUUGUUUGAGAUGGGAGCUAGGGUUCAAGUGCAGCACUACAAUUUGGGAUCGGCUGAUUCUUACAUCGGCAGCUCUCUACACGAUCUCAACUCCGUUGAUGGUCCGCCCAGAGAUAUCGACGGCAUCGGAGGCUCCGUUGCUCAUGAAGGCGAUCGCUUGGACAAUGACGGCCAUUCCUCUUCCGCGAACAGUAUGCACGAAUCAUACACAAACUCUCUGCAAAUCCACAAUGAUGGAGUUGAAGAAGGUGGGUCUAACAUGGAUAACAAGGAGCCUUCAGGAACUUCUUACAAUAUGUUAACCAUUGAAGAUGUUUCACCAAUCGAAUCAGCACGAGGGAGGUUUCUCCAAAUCAUCGUGGAUUACUUUAUCAGCCAACAUGUGGUUGAAGUCUGUGAGAACAAGCGUGACCAUGAGACCGAUUCAGGUAGUAGUAAUAAAUCCAAGAGGAAGUCGGAUGAUACACAGUAUGAAGGCGACCCGAGUUUUGCAUUGCCGUUGAUGUAUAUUGCAAACUUAUACGAGACUUUGGUCGGUGAAGCAAAUGUGAGAGUUGGUUCACUGAAUGGUAUAAGGGAAAAGACACUUGGGGUUGCUCUUGAAGCAGCAGGUGGCUUGUAUCGAAAACUAACCAAGAAGUUUCCUAAGAAAGGUACUUGCAUGUACAGAAGAAGAGAACUUGCAACAUCACUUGAAACAAGGACAAGAUUUCCAGAAUUGGUAACACAUGGAGGAGAGAAACGAGUUCGGUUUGUGGUGGUGAAUGGUUUGGAUAUUGUUGAAAAGCCGGAUGAUAUACCGGUUGAAGAUGCUGAAUGGUUUAAGCGAUUAACAGGCCGCAAUGAAGUAGCUGUCUCUGCCAGAGAUUAUAAAUUUUAUUGCCCUCGACACAAGCAUAGACGUGUUCACAGUUCUGCCUGCAGCAUCCAUGGCUUGCCUACAUUUACAGGUAUGGAUCCUUCGACUUUAGCUACUGUUAGUGAAGAUCAAAGUCAACAACAACAACACACUCCUUCUCCUUCCAAACAUCACAUGGCAUCUAUGUCUCAUCAUCCUCAUCAGUUUCACCAAUCUAUUCACCAGAGCCACCACCAACAUCAUCAAUCUGUUUACCAAAAUCAACACGCAGCCACACAUUUUCCCGGUCAAAACCAUCAAUGCGACCCUGAACUGUCUCAAGCCCAACACCAGUCACCAUCUAUUUCGCAGCACAUGGCUUGCUUGCAGCCUCUCACCGGAGGCCAUGUCAUGGCAACUGGUCCUGCGAAAUUCUGUGACCAAUGUGGAGCACAGUAUCUGAGAGAGACCUCCAAGUUCUGCUCAGAGUGUGGUUCCAAGAGGCUUGGGUUAUAGCAGAGACAGAUUUGAAUCUCGUUUAAGUUAUAAAUUGACAAGAAGAUUAGUGUUUCAGCCGACUUUCAGAGUUGAAAGAGGGAAUGAAUUAUGUUUGAGCUGGCUAAUUACUGGCCUCUGAAGUAGUGAUUAAAACUCUGUUAGUUUCUGAUCUUGGGAAAUGCAAAUUUGUAAGCAUUUACAUAUGCUUAUGGCUA